AUGUACUUACAUCAAGGCUUCGUAUGUGCACAAUGCAGUGUCAGGCUUUCUCGCAGGCCUCUCCUAUAUCAUAGGAAGCUUGCCUCUCAGUUUACAUCGAAACGGUUCAACAGUGAUGUCUCGCAAAGCGAACGACCCGUCCGUGUGGCCGUCGUGGGUUCUGGACCGGCAGGUUUUUAUGCUACCUAUCGCUUGCUAGCAAAGCAACAAAACGCGAUAGUGGAUAUGUAUGAGAAGCUACCUGUUCCAUUCGGCUUGGCAAGAUAUGGCGUCGCCCCGGAUCAUCCCGAGGUUAAGAAUUGUGAAGACAAAUUUACCGAGGUUGCCACAUCGUCGCGAUUCAACUUUGUAGGAAAUGUUGACCUUGGACACGACCUGCCACUUGGCGCCCUCAAACCUCACUACGACGCCAUAUUAUUCGCCUACGGAGCCACAAAAGACAAGGAGCUAGGAAUUCCAGGAGAGGAUGCUCUGCAUAGUGUGCACGCAGCGCGUGCCUUUGUCGGGUGGUACAAUGGUCUCCCCGAGCACAGAGAUCUUGAUCCCGACCUGAGCGGCGAGGACGCCGUGAUUGUCGGACAAGGAAACGUUGCACUUGACGUUGCACGAAUCCUUCUUUCUGACGUCAAUACGCUCCAGAAGACUGAUAUUGCGGAGUACGCCAUAGAGAAACUGUCCACGAGUCGCAUCAAACGGGUGCGCGUUGUGGGGCGUCGGGGGCCCCUCCAGGCUUCAUUCACCAUCAAGGAACUGCGAGAAAUGCUCCAGCUUCCAGGUGUAUCUUUCGAUCCAAUUCCGAAGGACGUCAUUCCGCCGGCGGAAGUGGUCUCGGCGUUACCCCGGGCGCAAAAGCGUCUCAUGCAGCUCCUAGCCAAAGGAUCAAGCAAUGAUCCCGAAACUUCCCCUAAGUCAUGGUCCUUGGAUUUCUUGCUUGCGCCCGACUCUCUUCAGUGGUCCCCCAAGUACCCAUACCACCUAUCCCAUGUAAAGUUCUCCCGCAAUGAACUCGACCCCGCCGAUCCCCACAGCCCCAGCUCCAAGGUAUUCCCAAAGCAUUUGUCUAGCGGAAAGCGGGCGCAAGUCGAUCUUUCAGCUAGCGUUUUCUUCCGCAGCGUUGGCUACAAAUCCCUUCCCCUUCCUGGGCUGGAGGAUCUUGGUAUUGAUUUCGAUACUAAGCGAGGAAUUCUCCCCAAUGAUGGCUUUGGUCGCCUAACAAGUCUCACAAAUAAGGGUGAACCUGAAAGCUUACCGGAUGGAUCUCUCAUUUCACAUUUGCCCGGCCUGUACUGCGCUGGUUGGGUUAAGCGAGGUCCGACGGGCGUGAUUGCUUCAACGAUGACAGAUGCAUUCACCACUGCAGACAGCAUCGUGCAGGAUUUGGCGAAAAUCGCUGAUUCAAAUUCCUUGCUUCACGCACCGGGCCAAAGCACCGGGCUAGGCUGGGACGGUGUGAAGGUCGAGGCCGAGCGUCGUGGUCUACGGCCUACGUCCUGGCAGGACUGGCAGCGGAUCGAUUCCGCAGAACGACAGCGUGGCCAGCUCAAGGGCAAGCCCCGGGAUAAGUUUGGUCGCGUACAAGAAAUGCUAGAGGUACUUGAUUGA